AUGCUGAAGGCAUACCCGGGCAAGCUGCAUGUAAGCUGGUGGGAGUUUUCGGAGGGUGAGCAGCCGAACGGGCCCGCGAGCACCAAAUACAGAGGGAACGGUGCCGGAACUGGCGCUGUAGAAUUGGUGUCGGAGCUUGGUCCCGCAGCCAACCUUUCGAAGGAAGAGGAAGUCGUCAGCCUUGUGGGUAAGACCAAAAGCGCUGUUCAAGCGUGGUGUGAUGACGGCGGCGGCGGCAAAAGCGGUAGCGGCAGCGGAAGCAUGCGCAGCUGCGAGCAAAACGGCCGCCAACACCAGCAGCAUCACAGGCAGGAGCAGCAGGAACAGCAGCCGCAAUACGAAGAGCAGCAGCAGCAGCAGCCAGCGGAGAGGGUGAUGCCAAUGAAGGCGGAGGUGGCCCCAGGCGAGCUGUUGUUCUCCUGGAGGAAUUGGCAGUUCUGGAGAUUUCAGCUGGGCACAACGUGCGGACAGGCGUCCAAGCGGCUGGAAUACCAGGUCAGUCUAGUACCUGGGUGUUCGCACUCCAUUGCUGUACCCGCCUUGGACGAGCCCUGGCGCAUGGCGUUCUUCUCCUGCAACGGCCUGGACGCGAGCGACUGUGCCCACACGUUCAAGGGGAUGGAGGGGGCCGGGCUGGCGCUGUGGCAGGACGUUGCUCGGCGCCACGAGGAGCGGCCCUUCCAUUUGCUGCUUGGAGGGGGCGACCAGCUAUAUAACGACGGGGUGUUCAAGGGCCCGUUGCUCGAGGGCUGGGACAAAACGGAGGACGACAAGGACACGGCGGCGAAGGCGUCCAUCCCCUUCAGCGACGCUAUCGCCGACGAGGUGCAAGAGUUCUACUUCAGCCAUUACGCGGCGCACUGGUCGCAGCCCUCCUACGCCAAGCUAUUCGCAUGUGUCCCCGCCUUCAGCGUCUGGGACGACCAUGACAUUGUCGACGGUUGGGGUUCCUACCACGACGUCGUCCAGAACUCGGCCAUCAUGCAGGGUCUGUUUCGUGUUGCCCAGCUCUUCUACCUCCUAUUCCAACACCAUACCACACCCGAUCGGCUCCUCCUCUCCGGCGACGGCGACGGAGCCGGUGGCAGCGGAGCCAGCGGGGCCGGCCCCUGGUGCUGCACGGCGACGAAUCCCAGCUGCACGCUUCUGCGCCUUGGAGCCUCUGUGGCGCUGCUGGCGCCCGAUGCACGCAGCUUCCGUAGCCAGGCCCGGAUGUUGCCACCCGGCUGGUUCACGUCGGUUUCGGAGCGGCUGAGGGCGCUGCCGUCUUGUGUACAGCACGUGAUGGUGUUGCUUGGAGGCCCGGUGGUGUACCCGCGGCUGCCGGUGCAGGAUGCGAUGCAGAAGCUGGACGACCUUUUCACGGGCGACACACUGAUCAGCGUCAUCAUGCAGAAGACGGGGCUGUCGGCCAAGGUCAAUAUGCGCUUCGGGAUGCUGGCUCACCUGGACGACGUCAUCGACCAGUGGUCUGCCAGGCAGCAUAUAAGGGAGCGGGAUCAGCUGCUGGAGGGCCUUAUGGCGCUGGCGGAGGCGGAGGGCCUCCGCUUCACGGUGCUCAGCGGCGACGUGCACUGCGCCGGGUACGGCAUGCUGCAUAGCCGCCGCGGGGAGGGCCUGGCGGAGAGCGACUUCGGGGACAUGCCUGUACCUAGCGAAGCCGCACGUGCAGCCGACCCGCGGUUCAUCCCGCAGAUCAUUAGCUCCGCCAUCGUCAACGUGCCGCCACCGGCCCCGCUGCUGAAGCUGCUGUGCCUGGCGGGGCGCAAUCCGCGGCCCGUGCUGAAGGGCUGUGUAGAGCGCAUGGUGCCGCUGUUUGGCCCGGAGGAUGACGUGGACAGCUUGGUGAUGGGGCGGCGCAACUGGUGCGAAGCCACGCUCGGCGGUCCCCGCGGCCACCUGACCUUCUCUUGGCGCUGCGAGAGGGAGCUGGGCAAGGGAGAGCUUCUGGAGAAGCCUUUCCUGCUAUCCUUCCCGGCAAUUCUCCUGCUGCUCAAGACAUACAACCUGCAUGUUAUUACUCGCUUCCGCGUUGCGUUUCUACGCGUGGACGUGUUCACCGUGGAGGUUCCCCCGCUGAGGAGAGGCAGCUGCUGGCAGGAGUAA